AAACGCGAUGCGGUGGACGAGCCAUCCUCAGUCAAACGCAGAAGAUUGACCGACAACAUUCCAUCAGAAUCCCAAUCUCCCGCGCAAGGCCGCUUGACAGACCCCGAAAAAGCAGAGCUAUUGCGCUGGCUGGAUCAAGCUGAUAAGAAAGAUGGACCGAUCUUCAAUGUUUUCAACCCUCCUAUGCGCAAAGGCGCANAAAAUCCACCCGACGUCACAGAACGCACUCUCACCUUGAAUGGCAAGGACUAUCUCGAAGCUCGCUGGACCAUCAAACCGAUGGAAAGAUGGAUGAACAUGACCAAAUACAAGAAAUUACUCAUUCCUGCGGAGAUUCCAGGAAACGACUUCGAACGCGAUUGGAAGGCCCAGGUACAUGAGGUUAGGGCCGCAGACGAACACCAUGUUUUCCUUCGCUGCACUUGGCUUGAAAACCCCGAGGAGCUACCUGAAGAGGCGCGUAGCACACCGCCAUAUCACGGUAAAUUCGAACUAGUGCCGGGUAACAAGAUGGAUAUCAUUGAUGCCUUGACUGUGAAUGGACCGCUGAAGGUCGUGUACUGGGAUGAGGCCAAUGACGACGCGGACAUGCCAGCGCAAGGAGAAUAUUACUGGCGGCAAACUUACAACUACGACACCAAGGUUCUAUCGCCACUGCGUCUGAUCUGCGAAUGUAAACGGCCACAGAAUCCUGACAAUCUCAUCAUCAAAUGCAGUAACCAAGAUUGUGGGAAAUGGCUCCAUGCUUCCUGCCUGGCUCAGGAUGUCGUCCAGCGCAAGAGCCAACAGAACGGAGUCAAAGCGGAAGCAGAUGGCAAANAACGAGCUCGGAAGUCAGUCAACAAGGACUCCAUCAAGAGAGCUGAAGACGCAGUCGCAGAAGACGACACUAUCAGAGCAAGGAUCGUGGCAUCAGAAUCUGAAGCCCCCAAGGUCGAAAUUACCGACAAGAAGACCGGUGAUGAGACUGAAGAACCAGUACAUUGCUUAGUCUGCAAGGAGCUUGUCGAA